GGGCGCAUCUCGGCCCGCCCGCCAGCCGAAGCGCGUGUGGCGCCCGCCGCGCUUCCCCGGCGCGUCUUCCCGGUCUCCAGGCAACAACGUAGCUGGGGCGGCGCCAGCGGCCUCAUUUGCAUACGCCGCGGCUCGGCCAAUGGGCUGCGCCGGGGGCUGUGGGACGCGGUGCUGCCAACCGCCCGGCGCGAGGUGCGGGGGUGACCCGGGAGGAGACGGAGGUGGUGGCCGUGGCCCUGGAGGCGGGCCCGGCGGAGCCCAGCGCGGGGGACCGGCCCUGGCGCCCUUUCCGCCGGCGCCGCGCGUCCGCGAGGCCCGGCCCAGCGCAGAGACCACGCACUUCCGGGAGCGCGCGGCCGGGAUGGCGGUGGGGACGCUGAAGAGGCAGUUACUCCACGCCAGCCAGGACAUGAACUUUGAGGACGUGGCCAUUGUCUUCUCUCAGGAGGAAUGGGGGCUCCUUGAUGAGGCUCAGAGACUUCUCUACUGUGAUGUGAUGCUGGAUGUUUUUGCACUGUUAUCAUCAGUAGGUUGUUGGCAUAAAAUGGAUGAUGAGGAGGCCAAUUGUGAGCAGAGUGAAUAUGUACCAGGAGAGUCACAAGUCAGGGCUUCUAAGACAGCUCCAGCAACCCAGAAGACCCAUCUUUGUAAGUGCUGUUUCUCAGUGUUAAAAGCUAUUCUGCACCUGACUGAGUCACAAGCAGCAGAGUUUGAGCAGAAAGCCUUCUGCACUGACACAUGUGCAAGAGACUUCAGUUUCAGUGCAAACCCUCACCAGCAACAGAGAGAUGCCAGUGGAGAGCAGCCCUGGAAAGAAGAUAUGGACAGGGCCUCACUUGUGUCCCAGUGCAGCUUUUACUUAACAUGGGUGCCUUCAACCAUUAGGGAGGUUGGGGAAGACUUGCCAGCCAUGUCAGACAUUCUCCAGCUCCAGGCCACUUUUACCACUGAGGAGCCACUCAGUGGUAGUGAGAUUCCACAGGAAUUUCUCAGUGGAAGAAGUCAUGACGAGUGGGGUGAAUGUAAAAAAGCUGCCAGCCACAACCAGAAAGUUGUUCAACAUCAGGGUGUCUGCUCCAGAGAAGUGAAUUGUGAGUGUAACAAAUGUGGGAAAGCUUUUAGAGAAAUCUUUAACCUCAUUCGUCAUAGGAGAGUUCACACUGCAGAAAAGCCAUAUGAGUGUAGUGAUCGUGGGAAGUUCAUCCUGAGGUCCAAACUCAUUCAACGACACAAAGGCCACACUGGAGAAAGGCUGUAUGAGUGUCAUGAGUGCAGGAAGUCCUUCAAUCAAAGCAAUACCAUCGCUCAACACCAGAGAAUUCACACUAGAGAAAAACCUUAUGAGUGUAGUGAAUGUGGGAAAUCUUUUACCUGCAAUAGUCAUUUCCUUAUCCACAGGAGAGUUCACAUUGGUGCAAAACCUUAUGAGUGUAGUGAAUGUGGGAAAUCUUUUACCCGCAAUAAUAACCUCCUUAUCCACAAGAGAGUUCACACUGGUGCAAAACCUUAUGAGUGUAGUGAAUGUGGGAAAUCUUUUACCCGCAAGAAUAACCUCCUUAGCCACAAGAGAGUUCACGCUGGUGUAAAGCCAUAUAAGUGUAGUGACUGUGGGAAGUCAUUUACACACAGUUAUACCCUCAUUCAACACCACAGAGUCCACAAUGGAGAAAAUCUGUAUGAGUGUAGCGAUUGUGGGAAGUCCUUCAAAAAAAGGUCUAACUUCAAUGAACACAGCAGAGUCCACACUGGAGAAAAGCCCUAUGAGUGUUCUGAUUGUGGGAAGACCUUCAGUAAAAGCAGUAACCUCACUCGACACAAGAGAGUUCAUAGUGGAGGAAAGCCCUAUGAGUGUUCUGAUUGUGGGAAGUCCUUCAGUAAAAGCAGUAACCUCACUCAACACCAGAGUAUUCACAGUGGUGCAAAACCUUAUGAGUGUAGUGAAUGUGGGAAAUCUUUUACCCGCAAUAGUGACUUCCUUAUCCACAAGAGAGUUCACACUGGUGCAAAACCUUAUGAGUUUAGUGACUGUGGGAAGUCAUUUACACACAGUUAUACCCUCAUUCAACACCACAGAGUCCACACUGGAGAAAAGCCCUAUGAGUGUACUGAUUGUGGGAAGACCUUCAGUAAAAGCAGUAACCUCACUCGACACAAGGGAGUUCACAGUGGUGAAAAACCUUAUGAGUGUAGUGAAUGUGGGAAAUGUUUUACCUGCAGUAAUCACCUUCUUAUCCACAAGACAGUUCACACUGGAGAAAAGCCAUAUGAGUGUCGUAAAUGUCAGAAGUCCUUUAGGCAUAGCAGUACCCUCACUCAACAUCAGAGAGUUCAUAGUGGAGGAAAGCCCUAUGAGUGUUCUGAUUGUGGGAAGUCCUUCAGUAAAAGCAGUAACCUCAGUCGACACCAGAGUAUUCACAGUGGUGCAAAACCUUAUGAGUGUAGUGAAUGUGGGAAAUCUUUUACCCGCAGUAAUAGCCUCCUUAUCCACAAAAGAGUUCACACUGGUGUAAAGCCAUAUAAGUGUAGUGACUGUGGGAAGUCAUUUACACACAGUGAUACCCUCAUUCAACACCACAAAGUUCACAAUAGAGAAAAUCCGUACGAGUGUAGCGAUUGUGGGAUGUCCUUCCAAAGAAGGUCUAACCUCAAUGAACACAACAGAGUCCACACUGGAGAAAAGCCCUAUGAGUGUUCUGACUGUGGGAAGUCCUUCAGUAAAAGCAGUAAUCUCACUCGACACAAGGGAGUUCACAGUGGUGAAAAACCUUAUGAGUGUAGUGAAUGUGGGAAAUGUUUUAGUCAGAAAUAUAGCCUGGUUAGACACUUAAGCCUUCACACUGCAGAAAAAGCCUUCAGUAUGCAGGGAAUGACGUAUUUUUUCACUCAGUUUUACAACACUGAAGGAGACUCCUACAGACCCAUUUAGCUGAUAUUAGACCCCUUUUUAUCAGAACAUACACUGUGCUAGAUUCCUCCUAAGUUUCAGCUAUAAGUGAGCCUUUAAAGUGUUGCAUUGCACUUGCUGUCCUACCCAGGCCUCCUACCUAAUUGAUGUCACUGUGAGUAUAUGUGGCUGAAAGUAAUUCACUUUUACCACCUGGUUCACCUGAACAGUGUGCCUCUGGGGGGAAGUCAUUUAUUUAGUUCUCUACCCUCAUUCAACAUCAGAGCAUUCACGCUGGAGAAAAGCUAUGUGCGUGUACUGAUUGUGGGAAGUCCUGUGUGCUCAGAAAAAUGAAUUCUGUAUUCUUACUUCUGUUUGAGGACAUGAUGAGAAUUCCGAGCUCUUAAGAUCAUCACUCCUUUGUCUCUGACUAUGGAAUGGACCUAACCAUUGUUUCCCCCAGACCACCAUCCUAAGAUGCACUAUGCCAGUGGUUCUCAACCUUCCUAAUGCUGCGACCCUUUAAUACAGUUCCUCAUGUUGUGGUGACCCCCAAUUUCAUUGUUACAAAUUGAACAUAAUUAAAGCUUAGUGAUUAAUCACAAAAACAAUAUGUAAUUAUAUAUGUGUUUUCCAAUGGUCUUAGGCGACUCCUGUGAAAGGGUCGUUCGACCCCCAAAGGGGUCGUGACCCACAGGUUGAGAAUCGCUACGCUACGCCUUUCAGGGACAUUGUGCUUCUCACAUUGUGCUGUGAUGAAUUCUUUCAGGUAGUUAUUCACCAACAUGCAAACCACUUGCUGUAUAUGGCUCUGGUUUAUGAUCUUUUUCUAAAGGUGCUUUUUGCAUUUGUACCUUUAAUUUAUUGGUUCUGUUCUCUGCCUGGGAUGAAUUGAAAGCACACUUGUGAUCUGUCGGCAGGUAGAGGUGAAGGGAUAUUGUGGGGAUCCCAAACUUUCAGUGCCUCUGAAGGGACAUCACGAUGGCAGAAAAUCACUGUUUUUUCCAAUAUUUGCUUAUUUUGCAUUUCUGCCCAAAGUCUUGCAAGCAAGACUGCGGAACUUUAUGGUUCUAUAUUGCAGCCUGGUACCUCUAUUAUUGGUGAGGUCAAAGGUCACUUUGUUGUGCUUCUGUGAACGAUAUGAAUUAUAUUCUCCCUUCACAGUGUGUGUGACAUAAGUCUCGGCAAUAAUCUGUGUGCCAUGAUGUACUAAAUUUCAUAAACUGGUGUCAUUCGUUGUAAGAAUCUGAGGAUUAGGUGCAACCACAAUUAGGACAGAAGCACUGCUUCAAUCAGUAGUGAGUGAGAGAGACUGCAGUAAAUCGGUUAAAAAAAUGCCUCUUUUGACUGUUUUUCACAAAUUUUCCAGGGCCUGUGACUUGUGGGAUGUUUGUGUACAGACAUUCUCAGAACCUGCAUAACUUUCUUGUGGCUGCAGUCACUGGCAGAGCAAAUAAUCUUCCGGUGGCGGUUCUGCUGGCCCCUCUAGGGUGCUCACCUCAAGGUUUAUGCGCAAUAGACAGGAUCGAAAAGGCGGAGGAAGGAUAAUCUUGUAGUCAAUCCUAAGUUGUGUAUUUUGUAACCAGUCAGCAUCCCUGUUGUUUCUGCUGGCAAAAGUCUUUACUGCUUGCUGAUAUUUCCUGCCACUGAGGCAAGGCUAUUCCUCCUACGAUAUGAGAACUGACGUGCAAAAAACUGCAAUUUUCUUACGUGUUCUAUUUGGUGAACUUCGACGUACAUAUAAAGCUGUGAAACUGUCGCACAUGAAAUAAACUUAUCUGUCAACAUUAUACACAGCGGAGCAAAAAUAGGUCACAGGUGUGAGCACCCAAAAUAGAGAGUUUAUUUUUAAAACAUUUUUAUUGAUUCUUUUUGGGAGAUAGGAAGGGAGGGAGAAAGAGAAACGUAUGUAGGAGAGAGAUUUGCUGCCUCCUGCACACCCCCUACUGGGGUUCAAGGAUCUGAAAUGGAUCUAGUGAACUUGAAGGGUCAGGGAUAAUGCCCAACCAACUGAGCAACACUGGUGAGGUCACAGUAUAUUCUUGUAUUAUUAUUAUUUUAUGCCAUACCAACAGCUCUAAACCUGCUUUUCACACACCCCAUAUUUGCCUCUUGCCCUUUUAUAAUCUCUCUGCCUUCCCCAGCCCUCCAUAGAGGCAUUGAUUUUCCUUCCAUUACAACAUAUUAGCUCAUAUUUUUCAUAAUUUUAAAGGCACUAGAAGGUGUGUACUCUUUAACAAAUAUUGGUUUCCUUCAUGCUACACUGUUAUUUUGAGAUUCAACACUAAUGCUGAUGUGAAUAGUUAAUUAUUUUAUUGCUGAGUAGUAUUGUGUUCUGUGAAUUACCACUUUAUCUAUUGAUCUAUCUAUGAUUUUGGUUAAUUCCAUGUUUGGGGUAUUAUAAAUAAAUCUGUUGGGAAUA